AUGGCACGGUCUCUCCUCUUGAGUGCUAACAUGCCUAAGUACCUUUGGGGAGAAGCCGUGUUGUGUGCACCACAUCUGAUCAACCGUCUCCCAUCAGCUCCUCUUCAAGGUCGUGUUCCUUUUGAUGUCUUGUCUCACUAUGUUCCUAUUCUGUCAUUAAAUACUCUUCCUGCUCGUGUCUUUGGUUGUGUUGCUUAUGUCCAUUUGUAUAAAAAUCAACUGUCCAAAUUGGAUGCUAGAGCCCUUAAGUGUGUGUUUGUGGGGUAUGGUUCCCAUCAGGUCGUCCUUGAUCAUAAUCAGCCGGCCGGCCGUGUUCUUCCGCUGACGGCGGGAGAAGAGCUUUGGACCCGCAGAGAUAACUCGGAAUUUCUGGGCAACAACGAGAAAUCAGAUGGAGGAGAGCACGUGCGAUUCCAGACCUCGGGAGGAGAGCAGGAGCAGGUCCGAUUCAGGAACUCGGAAUUCCCGAUCUCAGAAUUUCUGGGAAAUUCUUCGAUUUCAAGUCCAGUUGGUUCUCCAAUUUCCAGUCAGCUUUCUGAUCCAGUUUCAAGGCCAGGUAGUUGUCCGAUUUCAAACAAAGAGCAAUGCAAUCCGAUUUCAAGUCAAGAACAGUGCAGUUCUCUAAAUUUCAGUCAAGAUCAACUGGUCUCGGCAACUUCUGAUCAGAAUCAUAUUGUGAACAGUUCUCCCUCUCCUUCACAAGUCCCUCAAGCUCAAGUAUUACCCGAGUAAAGUGCAGCAUGCAAUGAAGGAUGAGAAGUGGAUGAAAGCAAUGACAGUUGAGAUGGAUGCGCUUGAGAAGAACUGUACAUGGGAGUUAGUGCCAUUGCCACAUGGGAAGAAGACAGUUGGUUGUAGGUGGGUUUAUAUUGUGAAACAUAACUCAGAUGGGUCGGUA